AGAAGGAACGGAGGGAGGGAGACAGGGAGUCAGGUGCCUGGGGGGAGGGACUAGAAGUCAGAGCAGAGGCGAUCAGGGAGAACUUCCUGGAGGUAGCUGCACAAGUAGGCUCAGUCCACCCUGCAGAGGAGGAUGGGAGGGACUUGGGGUGCUGCACCAAUGGGUCUGUGCAAAGGCCCUGUGGCAGGCCCUUUGGAGAAACAGUGCUAUAGGCACCGGCCUGGGAGGGUUCACAUCCGGGCUGGGUACGCUCUAGGCUGAGGCACGUCCUAAGUUUGGGAGCUUUGAUGAUAGGGAAGCAGGCCCGUCACUUGCACCCUUUCCUGCAAAGCCUGUCCCCCAGCCACGCACCCCGUGCCCUCUGGCCCCAGCGCCUAGCAACGCACCCACUCCUGCUGGAGCAGCCGUGGCACCAGCUGGAGCGUGUGAGGAAAUAGGCGACCAGAGUGGGAACAGCAGGCCAUGGAGAGAAUGUCUAAACACAGGGACUAUGUGGGGACCGUCUUUUAUGUUUAGCCUGAAAUUGGUCCACCCUCCAGCCUCGUAGAAACGGCUCACUGGGCCGGGCCCCCAGCCGCGAAGGCUCCUUACUCCCUGGUCACCUCGGAAAUAAGGCCUUGGAGCCUCAGUCUGAACGUCCGUGGACGGGGUGAUGUCCACGCACAGGAUCAUCUGUCACCUGGGGCCCAUCCUGCCAACCCCGUCGGGACAGGACCAGACGGCCUGCCUGCUGGUCAGCCCGGUCCCCGGCCGGAGGCAUCUGGAAGGCCUUUUGGCUGCUAGGAGGGGCCCCACUCCCGACAGCUCUUUAGAGACGAUUCGAGGGAAGCGAAUCAGCCAGUCGGCUUCGAUUCCCACUGAUGAUGCCCAUGUGUCAUUAGUGACAAUUAGGAGAGCAAGGGAGGCAAAGGGUUUGCCCCAGGGCACAGGCUGCUGGGAGGGUCACCGGGACAAUUGAAUUCCCCACCAGACAAAUGUGAUUAGCGGUGCAGCCUGGGCCCACCCCCUGGAGGGCCGGGACAUAAAUGUCCCAGUGGGGCGGCCGAGCUCACGGAGCCAUGCAGGUCCCCAGUCCCAGCAUGCGCGAGGCGGCCUCCAUGUAUGGCACGGCGGUGGCUGUCUUCCUGGUCAUCCUGGUGGCCGCACUGCAGAGCUCGGCACCCCCUGAGAGUCCCUUCCCCUACCGAAUAUCCCUGGACCCCGAGGGGUCCCUGGAGCUCUCCUGGAACAUCAGCUACACACAGGAGACCGUCUACUUCCAGCUCCUGGUGCAGGAGCUCAAGGCCGGGGUCCUGUUUGGGAUGUCGGACCGUGGGGAGCUGGAGAACGCUGACCUGGUCGUGCUCUGGACCGACGGGGACAACGCCUAUUGUGGGGAUGCCUGGAGUGACCAGUGGGGACAGAUCCACCUGGAUUCCCAGCAGGAUUACCAGCUGCUGCAGGCGCAGAGGACACCAGAAGGCCUGUGUCUGCUCUUCAAGAGGCCCUUCGGCACCUGUGACCCCAAGGAUUACCUCAUUGAGGAUGGCACCGUCCACCUGGUGUAUGGGAUCUUGGAGGAGCCUUUCAGGUCGCUGGAGGCCAUCAACACGUCGGCGCUGCAGACUGGGCUGCAGAGGGUGCAGCUGCUAAAGCCCAACAUCUCCGUCCCGGCCUUGCCCUCGGACAUGCACUCCAUGGAGAUCCACACCCCGGACAUCCUGAUCCCCAGCCAGAAGACCACAUACUGGUGCUACAUCACCGAGCUUCCAGAUGGCUUCUCCCGGCACCACAUUGUCAUGUACGAGCCCAUUGUCACCAAGGGCAACGAAGCCCUGGUCCACCACAUGGAGGUCUUCCAGUGCACCGCCCAGUUCGAGAGCUUCCCUCAGUUCAGCGGGCCCUGCGACUCCAAGAUGAAGCCUGACCAUCUCAAUUACUGCCGCCACGUGCUAGCCGCCUGGGCGCUGGGUGCCAAGGCCUUUUACUACCCGGAGGAAGCAGGCCUUGCCUUUGGGGGCCCCGGGUCUUCCAGAUAUCUCCGUCUAGAAGUUCACUACCACAACCCGCUGAAGAUCCAAGGCCGGCGCGACUCCUCAGGCAUCCGCCUGCACUACACGGCCACGCUCCGGCGCUUCGACGCGGGGAUCAUGGAGCUGGGGCUGGUGUACACGCCUGUGAUGGCCAUUCCCCCGCAGGAGACGGCCUUCGUCCUUACCGGCUACUGCACGGACAAGUGCACCCAGCUGGCCCUGCCUCCCUCAGGGAUCCACAUCUUCGCCUCUCAGCUCCACACACACCUGACCGGGAGAAAGGUGGUCACCGUGCUGGCCCGGGACGGCCGAGAGAGGGAGGUUGUGAACCGGGAUGAUCACUACAGCCCUCACUUCCAGGAGAUCCGCAUGUUGAAGAAGAUCGUGUCUGUGCACCCGGGGGAUGUGCUCAUCACUUCCUGUACCUACAACACCGGAGACAGGAAGCUGGCCACCGUGGGGGGCUUCGGGAUCCUGGAGGAGAUGUGCGUCAACUACGUGCACUACUACCCCCAGACGCAGCUGGAGCUCUGCAAGAGCGCCGUGGACCCCGGCUUCCUGCAGAAGUACUUCCACCUGGUGAACAGGUUCAAUGAGGAGGAAGUGUGCACCUGCCCUCAGGCCUCUGUCCCCAAGCAGUUUGCUUCGGUUCCCUGGAACUCCUUCAGCCGGGACGUGCUCAGGGCCCUGUAUGGCUUUGCUCCCAUCUCCAUGCACUGCAACAAGUCCUCGGCUGUCCGCUUCCAGGGUGAAUGGAAUCGGCAGCCCCUGCCCGAGAUCAUCUCCAAGCUAGAAGAGCCCACCCCUCGGUGUCCAGCCAGCCGGGUUCAGAGCCCCACCAGACCCACUGUGGUCAGCAUUGGUGGGAGCAAAAGUUGAGUGGGGGGCUGUCUCUCACUCCCCCAUCCAUGCUGUGGCUGUGGGCUCACGCCAGCUCUGUGCACCCCCAUUCUGUGAAGACCCUUGUUGGAACAGCUCUGCGUGCCCAGGAUGAACGCCCCUGCCUGAGACCAUGGCCCAUUCUAGCGUUCGCCCCUCAAGGACCCCCUGCAUGACUGAGAGGGUCCCGUGAGAGUUCCCUGUUGACCCACCUGGGCCUGGGGCAACCAAUGCCUUCCCCACACCCACCUUGGGGGUC